AUGAAAGAACUAAAAGCACUUGAUUUACAUCUUUUUUUGAUCUUUAACAGCACGAUAAAGAUAAAAAGUAAAUGUUCAAUGUUGGAGAAACAGUCAAGAAAUAGUUCCAUACAUGAAUAUCCUUCCGAAACGAACCGAUUGAACAAAGGAAAGAACAUCGCCAAAGGCAGAAUACCAAUUAGUGUUACUAUCGGUCUUGUUUUAACAUGCAUUACAAUUGCACUUCAAUGUAUUGCAUUUUUCACACCACAUUGGAAAGAAAUUUCUCCUAGCGCACAUUCACUGUAUGUCGAUGGCGUCGAUGCAUUAAUUCGUACCGAAGUUUUGCAUUAUUUCAACACAAUUCAUCGUUACACACGUCAUUCUUAUGGUUUAUUUCAACGAUGUGAAUAUAUUCUCAGUAAUUCUUCUGUCUAUAACUAUCAAACCAAUCUCGUGAACAUCUUUCGAAAUCAGAACGGACAGAAAUGUACGAAAAACUACUUGCCAUCGUAUAAUGACGAACAUUUCAAUGAAUGUCAUAGUUUACCUUAUUAUCGAUUUUGUACGAAGGCGAGCGAGAAGAAAUUCGAUGUUAACAAUGAUUAUCUUCGUACCGCAUUUGAUAUCUCAUCUUUAAGCAGUAGUUCUGAUUCGAAAUCUUCUUGUGAAUGUCAUUAUCCACCCUAUGUUAUUCUCUGCCGUAUUCUGACGAUUGUAGGAUUAUUAUUUCUUGCUCUUACUAUUAUUUUAUAUAUUUGCACACUGUUUUGUAACAAUCAACACUAUCGAAUGAAAAUACGAUGCUUUGGCUUUUUAACAGUGAUAUCGUCGGUUUUAUUUCUCUUGUUAACUCUAAUUAUUACACGUCAACAUAUGGAAUACGAAUCAAUGGAUUAUCUGAUUGCGAUCCAGAAACAUUAUCGUUCCAAUCAGAUUUACAAAUUAUCUCAAGAUAUGAAAAUUGCCAUCGAUCGAUUUUUAGAAAGUGUUGAAAUUCGAACGGGAUAUUCAGCGAUCGUGGCUUGGGUCGCGCUCGUUCUAUCGAUUGUCGAUGGAAUUCUAUUAGUAACGACAUGUCGAACAUCAAAUGAAGCAAGCGAUGAUGAAAGCGAAACACAUAUGAACUUAAUGUCAUCGUCAGCCAAUGAAGAUCAUCAAUUUACAGCUAUUCCCGAUGAUAUUCAAUCUCCGUCGACAUUCGUCAAUCAUCAUCAUCAUGAAAUGCCUCACAAGUUACCAACGUUACAUGAAGAUGAAGUAUGA